UCAUCAUCUGACUCAACACAUGGCGAAGAAAUACAUUAUUUUUUGCAGCAAAAGCCUUUUUUACUAGUGAAAUGAAAAUUUUUGCUUUAUAUUAAACUGUUUAUUUUAAAAUCGAGUCGAAAACAGAGAUUAGUAUGGAAGCCGCGAAAGUAUAGAUCUCCAUGAGAUGUUAAAAAUUUCAGUGAAGUGUGAUUCAAAGGAUCAAUUGAAGGUAAAAGGAAAGAAAGAAAAAAUGAAAUCAAAGUAUACGACGCAUGCGCUCCUUUUCCAAGGCAAUCGCUGAAAAGAAGAAAGCAAAGAGAUAUCGACGCAUUCGCAUUCAGAGGACGGGCUCAACAGGUGGCUCUUCGGUUUUGAACUUCUUUCUUUAGACAGGACAUAACGAACAAUUAAAAGACAAUGGCUUCCUCGAAGACAUUAGCAAUGAAGGUUGUGGAACUGGCACUGGCUGUCAUCAUUUACUGGCUGCACUAUGAAACGUACGAAGCAGAGCAGCUCCUCCAUCAGUUCAUCAUAAUGACUGCCUUCGCGGGUUUUCUCAUCGUCGUUAUCGGAAGUUUAAUUGCAUAUCUCACAGGGGGCAGCAAUGCGAAACAUUCGGACUUUUUCUAUUGUAUCGCCGGAGGUAUUCUCUACAUUGUUGCUGGUGCUCUUUCAAUACAUCACUUUCGCAAGUGGAGGUUCAGCUCUUCAACUACCAACCUCGGUCUCGCAAAGGGAGCUAUGGCGAUCAUACAAGGUUUCGUAUUCUUCGCAGAUAUCUUCUUUGUUUACAGUGGAUAAACUUGUCUUCUUCUCAAAAAAGGACAAACGAAUCGACCAUUUUUUCAUUGUAAAUAAAACCAAACUCACCAAACUUAUAUUUUUAUAA